AUGGGUGUAUUAAACAAGAUUAAAGACAGCACUGCCAUAUUUACCACACCCAAAGAGCCAACCUUCAUACAAUGUUCAAAGACACCAUGGAAGUCGAUAUACGUUACUGGUGCCAUCUCAUUCCUGGUUGUCACCCAGUUUGCCAUGUUUUUCAGUUCUAUGUGGCCUUAUCUUCAAACUGUGAGUUUGAAUUUUGAAAUUUUAAAAGUUUAAAAAACUUGAUGAAAAAAGAAUGGCGCAUAAUUUUUUACCUUAAAAUGAACAAUUUUAUACCCUGCUCUAUUCUUAAAAUCUAAUCAAUCAUAUUAACUAAAAUCACUUCAGUUAGACCCAGAAAUCACCGAGCCCUUCUACGGCUUCAUCGUGGGCGCCUACAGUGUUGGAAGCAUGGGUACAGCUACAUUAUUCAGUAAAUGGAGUGCCAAAACCAGAACAGUCAAAGAGCCCAUUAUGGCAUGUAUGGCAUUUAUGGCAGUCGGAAACAUCAUAUACCUGUUCGUACCAUUGGCACCAGUACCAUUAAGGAAAUGGACCAUGCUGUUUGGACGGUUUAUCCUUGGGUUUGGGGAUAGUAAGUUGACAUUGGCUUGGUACACUACCUAAUCACAAAAAUAGUGACCCUUUAUCAUACCUAACCAAAAAACCCCUUCCAGACAGCCUAGCCCUCCUACAAGGCUACACCUCCACCGCCUCCACCCCCAAAGACCGUUCCCGUGCCAUAGCCAUAAUGACUGGCGGCUUAUCAGUCGGCUUUGCCCUAGCCCCCGCCCUCCAAAUUUGCUUCUCGCCCUUAGGCAAUGGCUUCCAACUCCUCGGUAAUCUCCGCCUCAACAUGUACAGUGCUCCAUCGUUGGCCGCUAUUGUAGCCUGCGUAGUCGCCUUCAUGCUCAUGAAGUUGGUGUUCGUCGAUGAAUAUGCUGGAAUCUCGUCGAAACACGAAGAAAAGGCUGGGAAUCUACCCCCGCCUGAUAAGCUCGCCAUAGUGUUGUGUUGUCUUGGCAGAUACAUUCAGUUCUUUACGUUCGUCAAUCUAGAAGCCAUUGGAGCUGCCUAUGUCGAGACUUACUUUGCUCAGACCAAGAAGUUUGUAGUACUGUUCAUUUCUGGUUCUCAUAUCAGUUGUGGUGUGUUGUCAAUGUUUGUUUACUCGUGUUAUAUCUUCUUCAAGUUGGGCAAGAAGUAAGUGCAACACUCUAGUUGAGAAAAAAUGAAAAAACUAGUCUAGCAACAGCUUUUUUAAAAUACAAUUUCAAUUUAAAAAAAAACUCGAUAAAAGCAACUCUCGCUAUAGUCAAGAAAAGGCUGUAUACCCUCUAAUGUUGCUUAUUAUGAGAAUAUGUUGUAGUGUAAAACAUCUACAUAAAACUGUUUAUUUUUCAAUUCAAACUUGAAUUUUAACGUGAAUGUUUCAGAGUAAAUGCUCGAUUUAUGUUGAUAAUCUCAUUCGUUGGCUUCUUCUUGUUCUAUUUGAUCACUUUUCAAUGGCCUUUCCUCGAUGAUAACAUCCAAACAUACACCGAGAAUGGUACGUCAUAACAGGCUAUUUAUUUUAAUUUUAAAAAUUUUUAAUUUCAAAAAACCAAAUUUUUCCCCUCCUCUUCAAACGACCUUCCAGUUUAUGCUUCCACCUUUCCUCUCAAGCCCACUCCCCCAGCCCCAAAGCCUUUACAACUUAAUUUUUUGUCCAAGGGCUGAGCGAAACUUCCCUGUCUACCACCUUUUACCCAUAACUAAUCAUGCCCUUUAGACCUACACAGUUACCUCGACGGUUGGGUAUCAGAAGAGCCAUUGGGAUGUAACGUGGACAGAUACGAUUGGUGUACGACAAUGACACUCUCGAACAAAUGGCUCUACUUUGCCGCUUUCGCUUUGUUCAUAGGGUUUGGUUGGCCUAACAUUAACGUAUGUUUGGGCACCGUAUAUUCGAAUAUCAUUGGGCCUCGACAUCAAGCUUACUAUCAAGGUAUUUUACAAAUGUGCGCUAGUGGAGCGCGGCUUACUGGUCCUAUAUUUAUGAGGUAAGCUGGUUGUAUUUUAUUGUAGGAACAUAUGUUAUAAUAUAGUAGAAUAGGUUAAGAAAUGGUACGGUAGGACAAAGUAAAGUUAAUUAUUGUAAGGCGUGGUUAACCCAGAACAAUUUGGACUACGAUACAAAAAGGUAUUAUUUAUAUACUUUACUUUACCCUACUGUCCUUUUCAGUUCCUUAUACCGUGCGUGGGGCCCUAGAUAUGUUUGGGGAGUUGAACUGGUCGCAUUAUCACUCCAAGCUGCCCUAUUAUGUAUAUUCUACAAGCGAUUAGUACCCUUGGAAACUGAACCAGAAAGAAAACAGACUGAUGUAUCACAAUUAGAAGUUCCUACUGAAUAA